AUUCAUAUUGUUUUCAUUGGAUAUCUCGUAAUUCCGAGAGGUCAGAUGUCAAGAAUGCCGUCGUUAGUGUUGAAAUGCAUGCUGCUGUGUACGUUAAUGCAUGGAACAGUGUUUUCCUGUAUGCUGAAGAAUCACACCAUAUGGAUUGAGAGGCAAGACUGCGGCCAGUGUGUGGCAAUCAACACAACCAUAUGCAGCGGCUACUGUCACACACAGGACACCAAUUUGAAAGGAAGGUUCGGGAGGAUUUUCUUGAUCCAGCGCAGCUGUGUGCCUCUCUCUCUGGUGUACCGAGCCGUCCAUGUUCCGGGCUGCCCUCAGGAUGUAAACUCACAGCUGUAUUAUCCUGCGGCCCAGCGCUGCAGCUGCAGGCGCUGCAACACGCGCUCGCACCACUGUGUCCGCACCAGCCGGGUCUCUAAAGACCGAUGCACCGUGACCCUGGGCGGUGUGAAGAACCAAACCCAGCCCGCUGUGAAAAACUGA